GCCAGCACCAAGACAAGAGUGUUUUUCUCUUAUUUACGUCUUUGAGGUAAACGAGCUGUGGUAGAACGAAGAGUUGGAUGCUGUCACACGAGGUUCUGGAGGUACAUUUCACCCUGCACGACGUGAGGACACAAACGCAAUUAUCGGAGCACUUGUGCGAAGAAUCAUAUUAAGGUGUGUUGGAGUGGCAGACAAUGCGCUGACUCAAGAGUCCCCCGCCCCGCCUCCGCUGUGAAGUGAACGCCGCGUCAUGGGGUUUCCGCGGCGAUAACCGAGACAGGACGUCACCGUCGUAGCCGCCGGCCCCCGUCCCGCCCACCAGCCCGCCCCGUCCCGCCCAGGCCAGGAGGAGGGGCCAGGAGGGUUCCAGGAGCCGCCGUGUGUGCCUCUGAGGCUCAGAGCCCCCUGAACCAUGUCUCCAUCAUCACCACCGCCACCUCCUGCUGCCGCUGCUCGCCUCCUCUGGGGCCUGCUGCUCCUGCUGGCGCUCGGCAACAGAGGAGCUCCCCAAAUCAGCCCGAGAACUACGGUCCGCUUCCACGAGGACCACAUCAGGCAGUUCCGGGAGGAGGGGAUUCAGAACUACUCCACCAUGCUGCUCCAGGAGGACCUGGGCCUGCUCCUGGUGGGAGCCCGGGAGGCCGUGUUCGCACUGGACCUCACCGACAUCUCCAACAUGAAGGACUCCGUUGAUUGGAAGGUCUCAAAAGCAGACGAGGAAGAGUGCACAAACAAAGGCAAACAAGCUGACACGGAAUGCCAGAAUUACAUCCGGGUCCUGCAGGAAAUGGCCGACGGCAGGGUGUACGUGUGCGGGACCAACGCCUACAGCCCCACCUGUGGGCACCUGAAGUACACAGACGGUAAGCUCACGAUGGAGGAGCCACUGGAGGAUGGGAAAGGGAAGUGUCCGUUCGACCCGUUCCAGAGAUACUCUUCCGUCAUGGUCGAUGGGAGCCUGUACUCUGCCACCUCCAACAACUUCCUGGGGUCUGAGCCGGUGGUGAUGCGCAGCCUCUCCCACCCGGUGCGCACCGAGUUCAAGAUCUCCUGGCUCAACGAACCCAGCUUCAUCUCCAUGUUCCACGUCCCGGAGAGCGAGGACAGCCCGACCGAGGACGACGACAAGGUGUACCUGUUCUUCAGCGAGACGGCCGUGGAGUACGACUACUACAGCAAGCUGACCGUGUCCCGCGUGGCCCGCGUCUGCAAGGGCGAUAUCGGGGGCCAGCGGACCCUGCAGAAGAAGUGGACCUCGUUCCUGAAGGCCCGGCUGGACUGCCCCGUCCUGGACUCCCGGCUGCCCCACGUGGUCCAGGACGUCUUCCUGCUGAGACACGACGACUGGAGGGAGAGCAUCUACUACGCCGUCUUCACCCCACAGCAGGGACCAGUGGACCAUUCUGCAGUGUGCGCUUACAAGGUGUCGGACAUCGGCGACGUCUUCGCCCGCGGGAAGUUCAAGACGCCGGUCACCGUGGCGACCUCCUUCGUCAAGUGGGUCAUGUACAGCGACGACCUGCCGGAGCCCAGGCCGGGAGCGUGCAUCGACCGCGCGGCCCGGGACAUGAACGUGGGGCGCUCUCUGGACCUCCCGGAUAAGACCCUGCGCUUCGUCCAGGACAGCCCGCUGAUGGACCAGGGCGUCCGGCCGAUGGGCGGAGGCCCGCAGCUGGUGGAGAGGGGGGCGGCGUUCACCCGAAUCGUGGUGGACCAGGUGGAGGCGCUCGACGGAGAGACCUACAGCGUCAUGUUCAUCGGGACGGAGAACGGCUUUCUGCACAAAGCCGUGAACUACGACGGGGAGAUGGUCGUCAUCGAGGCGGUGCAGCUCUUCGAGACCGAGGAACCAAUCAAGAUCCUCCGUCUGUCUUCCAGCAAGGUUGUACCGCAGGCUGUGCUGUACGCGGGCUCUGACUCUGGCGUGGUGCAGAUGAACCUCAGUGACUGCGGACGCCACGCCUCCUGCAUGGACUGUGUCCUAUCACGGGACCCGUACUGCGCCUGGGACACGCCCACCUCUCGCUGCGUCGCCGUGUACGACCUGGCCUCACCCCACAGCGGAGAGCAGAUCCAGAGUCUAAAAGAUGGGGAUGCAUCUCUCUGUCCGGCUUCUGAUCCAAACACAGUGAGGCGUGUGAACGUCACCAUGUACCUGGGCAGCAACGUGAACCUGCCGUGCCGGGCGCAGACCGACCUGGCCCAGGUGCGCUGGCAGCUCUCCGGCGCCGCCCUGCCGGCCUCCCCCAGGUACCGCACCUACAGGGAGGGCCUGAUGGUGCUGGACGCCGUGGCGGGCGACGCCGGGGUCUACACCUGCCUGUCCGAGGAGCGGGUGAAAGGGCGCCUGUACACGCGGGCGGAGGUGGAGUACCGCGUGUCGGAGGGGGCCGUCACCCCCCGCAUCGGGGCGCAGACCCAGGGCGGGUCACGGGCCUUCCUGCAGGUCGCCGUGGCCCUGCUCUCCCUCCUCCUCGUGGCGCUCCUGGCGUGGAACGUGUACAAGGGCCACAUCCCGCUCCCGUUCCUGGGGCCGUGCGGCGAGGGGGCCUCGGAGCGACGGGACGUCCCGAGCCAGGACCCCGCCCCGGCCUCCAGACCGGAGGCCAACUGCCUGGAGGACAAGCCCCUGAUGCCGGCGGUGAACUACAGCUCCAACAACAACAACCGACUGAGCGCCAACACCGCCAACGGGGAGGCCGCGCCCACGCCCAAGGUUACCGUGGACGCCUUCCAGUUCAUCGACGACGAGUCGGAGAUCUGACCAUGCGGGACGCAGGAGUUAAACACACACACACACACACACACACACACACAGGCAGCCCUCAGACAUGGGAACAUGGGAAUGGUCUUCAUCCCAGAUUGACUGGCUACUUUCUAAUUCUAACAGGCAGCGGAUUUUCAAAAAUUAUUUUUAAUAAUAAAGAGGAAAGAUAAAAGCAGGACUGUUGGUGGGGCGGGGUUGAUUGACUGCAUUAGGCUCCGCCCACCUGUAAUGCAUUGCUUCCAUGGUAACCGUCCCUCAAAUGUGGAAGGGAACAGUAUUUGAGAUGGCUUUGCACACCUGUCUCAGGUGGACUGCGUGCUGAUGAAAUGCAGCAGACGCAACGCUGUGGGUUUGACCCACCCCCAACGUUUCUGCAACACUUCUGCAACGUCUCUGCAACGUUUCUUCAAACGUUUCGGUUGUGGUGCAUUUGAGGUCACGACAGUGGAUGUCUCCUUAAUCCGUACGAACUGAAAAUAACUUCCAAGUUGUGGAGGAAAAGGUAUUGUAGAAUUUUCUCAGGAAACGGACUGAGCUGGGAGUGGGAUACGAGGAGUCCUAUUUUCGG